AUGCCGCCUCGACACUGCAGCCUGUUCUCGCCGUCGCGCGCGCUGCGACAGGUCUUCCUCGCGCACCUCGAAACCACCCCGAUGGCACGAGCCGCCGCAUCAGCGGCGACGCCCUUCCUGUCGCCACGCCUACUCUUCAGCACUAGCUCACGGCAACUGCGGGUGAUGGGACCAAAGCCCACGAAACCCAAACCGCAGAACAAGUUCAACCGCCUCCCGUCCGACAAUGCCAUCCCGUACAAAUGGGUGCGGGUCGCGGAGCCGGGUGUGGUCGGCCUACCACUCGAUCCUGAUAGCUCCGCGGCCCUCUCGGCGCCCCAGCGUACCAGCGAGCUGCUGCGCUCGCUGAACCGGCAAAAGUACUCGCUGGUGCUGGUCAACGUGCCCGCGGCAAGGCCGUCGCCCGACGAAGGGGAAGACGGGGAGGGCAACGAGGCGCUGACGCUGGGCUCGAUGACCGAGGGCGACGUGGCGGCGCGCGGCGCCAAGGAGCGGCUGCCCAUCUGCCGCAUCAUCGACAAGCAGGCGCACGCGGCGGCCGCGGCCGACAAGGCUAAGGCGGCGCGCACCAAGGAGCUCAAGCGCAAGGAGAUGGAGCUCAACUGGGCCAUCGCGCCCAACGACCUGGCCUACAAGCUGCGCCAGCUGCGCGACUUCCUGGCCAAGGGCAAGCGCGUCGAGCUCAUGCUCGCCAAGAAGCGCCACGGCCGCGCCGCCACCCGCGACGAGGGCGACGAGCUGCUGGCCAAGCUGCGCGAGGCCGCCGAGGAGGCCGGCGGCAAGGAGGUCAAGAUCGAGGGCCGCUUCCCUGGUGUCGUCAGGGUCGUCUUCGAGGGGCCAUAG